ACCAUCGAGUAUUCUUUAGUUUAGCGACGACCUUAGUACGGUCAAGAUCGUACAUUGGAGAAGAAAAAAAAAAAUUUGAUUCGCGGAAGUUCAAGUUCAAAACUGUUCUUUUCAUUUCUUUAAUAUUUUUGGCGAAAUCUGAAAUUAUUUUUGAUACGACGAAAGGGCAGCUUUCCGUUUUUUGAAGAGUUUUUGGUUUUUAAUUUUCUUAAAAAAAAAAGUUUCGUGUGCAGCAUACUCGAUCCUUGGAUUUUUUGACGUUUUUUGAAAAAAAAUUCAAUUAAAAUUAUAUCGAAACACUUUGUGGAUUUAACGUGCAUAUAACAGUGGACAUUCCAGCCCCCAACACUUUAGUGGAGAAAAUUUUUUAUUUUGUUCAAAUAAAAUUUUCAUACUUAAGUGCCGAGUGCAGUGAAGUUGAUAAAAGAAAGAAAAGAAAUUAUUGAGAAGAUUUUACUUCAAAGACCAGACCAUUUCAACGACAAAGAGAUUUAACCAGCCACUGAGCAAAAGAACAGAUUAUCAAAAUGCUGCCGAAAGUACAUAGUUUCAUUCUAUUAGUCCUAUUAUCAACAACAUUAACAACCGAUGCCAGACGAUCACGAAUCGAUCUACCCAUAGCAAAUGCUGACGAAGCGCCAGCUAGUGAUAAUAUGGCAACAGCGAGCGGUACCGAGCCACAAGAAGCGAAAAUACCUGUAGCCGCACCCGUUGAAAUCGUUUCACAGGCGGCCGUUGUUGCGCCAGCAUCGGUCGCAACGUCGACGCCAGCGAAUACUGAUAGUAUGAUGGCUGUCGGUGAGAUUGAAGAGGAAUGCGAUCCAGACAUGAUUGGAUUUGAAAUUGUUACCGGAUACGUUUUCUCAGCACCUGGAAAACUAUUAGAAUCGAUUCCCGGCACAUUAAUGUUAACCGAUUGCUUGGAGGCUUGCCAGAGUAACGAUUCGUGUCGUUCAGUAAACUAUGAAACGGGGCUGUGUGUUUUGUUCUCAUCGAAUUCCGAUAAACUUCCAGGAGCGUUAACAAAAUCACAAUUUCCUGUUUUCACAAUUUAUGCACAAAAAUCGUGUUUGGGAUUGCGUCCUUGUUCUAGAGCAUGGUGUAUUGACAGAGUGCAAGGCUAUAAAUUAGCUGGUUUUACCAAACGUAGUGCGGCCGCCACAUCCAGACGUGAUUGCUUGGAAAUGUGCUUAGGUGAAAACGAAUUCACUUGCAGAUCAGCAAACUACUACAAAUCAACUGGAGUCUGUGAAUUAUCUGAAAUGGAUCGUAUUACAUUGGCCGGUUCGAAUUCAUUCCAACCAAAUGAAGCUUCUGACUACUUGGAAAACAAUUGUGCUGAAGAGCCGAAUAAAUUAUGUGAAUUUAAACGAUUGUCUGGCAGAAUAUUGAAAACCGUUGAUUCCGUAUACCAAGACGUAUCUAGCGUUGAUGAAUGCCGUGAGCUGUGCCUUAACUCACCGUACAGGUGUCAUUCGUACGAUUAUGGGGAUACCGGUGAUAUGGUGUGCCGUUUAAGUCAUCACAGCCGAGCUACAUUAGCCGAUAUUCAGGAUCCCUAUUUGGAUGUACCCGAAGCUGCCACCUAUGAACUUUCGUCUUGCUACAACGUUUCAAUUGAAUGUCGUGCCGGUGAUAUGUUAGCUAAGAUCCGAACAUCAAAAUUAUUCGAUGGCAAAGUGUACGCUAAAGGAUCACCGAAAUCUUGCGCUGUUGAUGUGAAAAAUUCAUUGGAAUUCGAAUUGCGUAUGGGUUAUCAAGACAUUGAGUGCAACGUACGUCAGAAUGGUUUGGGCCGAUACAUGAACGACGUGGUCAUCCAACAUCACGAUACUAUUGUAACAUCGUCCGAUUUGGGAUUGGCCGUCACAUGCCAGUACGAUUUGACCAACAAAACUGUUUCGAAUGAAGUUGACCUGGGUGUGACCGGUGACAUUGAACCAGCUCUAUCGGAAGAAGUUAUUGUCGAUUCACCGAAUGUUGUCAUGAAAAUUACCGGACGGGAUGGUGGUGCUGAUGUUAUGCGCUCAGCUGAAGUUGGUGAUCCCUUGGCACUUCGUUUCGAAAUUUUGGAUGAACAAAGUCCCUACGAAAUAUUUGUUCGCGAAUUGGUUGCUAUGGAUGGUACCGAUAAUGCCGAAAUCACAUUGAUUGACUCACAGGGAUGUCCAACCGAUCACUUUAUUAUGGGACCAAUCUACAAGAGCGCCAUCUCCGGAAAGAUUUUACUUUCACACUUUGACGCAUUCAAAUUUCCAUCGUCUGAAGUUGUGCAAUUCCGUGCUCUUGUUACUCCAUGCAUGCCUACUUGUGAACCCGUUCAGUGCGAUCAAGAAGAUAUUAGCGGUGAAUUGAGAUCAUUGAUUUCAUUCGGGCGUAAACGACGAGACGUGAAUGCUACAGAAGGCAGAUACCGACGAGAAACCUCUAAGCAAGCCAGCCAUGAUGAUAUGUUACUUGUACAAUCUAUUCAAAUUACUGAUAAGUUUGGAUUUGAGAAGCAACAGUCGGCCAAACCUAAGACAACAACUACAAGCGAAACUGUAUUCUAUGCUCCAGAAGUGACUGGUUUCUGUGUUAACGGACUAGGCCUCAUUGUCGCCGGUACAGUGUUCCUACUAGCUCAGUUGGCCGUCAUAGCCAUUUGGACAUUCCUAUACCAACGUCGCCGAAAACAACGUUCGAUCGACAAUGCCACAUACGGGUCAUCGGUACCAACACCAACAUUACCCGGAAGUCGAACCGAUUCACUUAGCAAACUAUACGAUCAUUCAUUUGCCAGCCGACAUGGACGCCAGUUUUAGGGAGUAGAAACGAACAACAAAUUUUGAUAACCACGCAUACACGACGAAAAAGCAAAACGACGACAGAAGAAGAAAAUGAUAAAAGAAAACUCGAUAGAACUCAAUUUUUGAAUAGAAGGAAAUCAACGAGAGACACGAUGAAAAAAAGGCUUACAAUUAAUUAAUAUCAAUUUCCAUUUUGUUCUUUUUUACUUUAAGUAAACGGUUGCAAUAAGUAAUUUUGAAAUUUUAGUAGAUUUUUACGUGCAUUUCUUUUGUUUAGUUUCUCGUAUAAUAGAUUAAGGCAUCGUCCGUGCGUUAACAGACGACCGCAGCUCAUUUUAAUUUUUGUGACAGUGAAUCAGUUUAUACAAUU